UAGUGCCAACCCCCAAGCCAAGAAUUUUCCCAUUGCUUAUUUUGUGCGUUUCUUUCCUAAAUCAGGGCUGGAUCCCACAACUGGAGAUUUGCGCGAGAACCUUUUAGAACAUGAACUUGUGUUUUCUGGCAUUCCUCCUCCUCUGUUAUGCCAAGCAAGGAUGGACGGAAGAUGCGAAAGAACCAGAGGAUGGAAGAGAUCCUGUAAUUCCUCUCGUCCCACUGAUGCCAAGUAAACCCAUAUCAGAUUUGGAAGGCACUCUUGACCCCACCAUAACAAAAGCACACACGAGUACUCCAGAUGGCCUGGAAGCAGAUCCUUCAGCCACGGUUCCCUCUCCUGGGCAGAAAGAGGGCUCCUCUGAGGAGGACCUUGAUUCGCUCUGUGAUGGGGAAAUGUCUAGCCAACAGAUUAAAUUGACCAUAGGAAAUGGCAUUAUGAAGCUUGGCCUUUGGUUCCUGGAAAACCUGAAGCCUAGUCCUGAGCAGCCCAAUCUCAUCAUUUCCCCUCUUAGCUUGUCCGUUGCACUCUCACAGCUAGCGCUGGGAGCGACAAAUGAGACAGAAGAGCUGCUUCUACACCACCUGCAUGCAGACGCACUGCCCUGCUACCACACUGCACUCAGCAGCCUCCUGCGCAACUUCCGCAAAAGGAGCCUGUCAUUCGCCAGCCGCAUCUAUCUGCAAACUGGAUUUAAAGCAAAACAGGAGUUCAUGGAAGAUUCUCAGAAACUGUAUGACUCAGAGCCAGCCAUUUUGACUGAUGUUAAUGAGAUCAAUGAAUGGGUUAAGAAAGCCACAAAUGGUCACAUCUCAGAGUUUCUGUCCAGUAUUCCUCCCAGCAUUGUUAUGAUGCUGAUCAAUGCAAUGCACUACAAAGGAGAGUGGCUCACCCGCUUUGAUCCUCAUUUCACCUCAACUGAGCCCUUCUACAUAGAUGAAAACCAGAUUGUUAAUGUGGACAUGAUGCUUGGGCCAAAGUAUCCUCUCAGUGUUUUCCCCCACCGUGAGCUGGAUGCCCAGGUUGCUCGAUUCCCCUUUAAAGGUGACAGGAGUCUAGUGGUGGUAAUGCCAACAUCUGGACAUGUGAAUGUGUCAGCCAUUGCAGCUAAGCUCAAUAUCUCAGAUCUGUAUAUUCGAUUGCCACGAGAGAGAAACAUGCAAGUCAAACUCCCAAAAUUCAAGCUUGAUUUCAAACAGGACCUCCAAGAGGCCAUGACAAGCAUGGGUCUAGGAAUGCUAUUUAGUCACCCGAAGCUGGACCGCAUCUCAGAGGGCCCCUUGUUUGUGUCCAGUGUGCAGCAUAUGUCCAGUAUUGAGAUAAACGAAGAAGGGGCAGAGGCAGCGGCCGCAACAAGUGUGGUCAUCUCACGUUCCAAUCCUACAUUUACUGUCAAUCAGCCAUUUUUCUUUGCCCUAAUGGAUGACCUGAGCCAAACGCCAUUUUUUCUGGGAGUAAUUUCCAACCCAAACCCUGGAGCAUCCACUAUGGUCACAAACCCUGGAAAUUCAGAUAAAACUAAUGACAAGCCAGUAUCUUUUGAAGUUGAUCCAAAGUAGUUUUCAUAGUUUUAGCAGAAUGAGUCCGUAAGUGAUUUUUGACUGCAUAGUUGGUCCCCACUGGGAAGCAAAUUAAGGACAUAUUUUGUAAAAGUACAUUGAGGUCUAUAAGAUAAUUUGAAAUUACUCCCCCUUAUGUGAAUUAAUGUUGUCCUUGCUAAUCUUGUUAAAAAGUCAUGAUUUUCUUUUUUUAAUUAAAGACACUUUUAACAGAAAUUCA